AUGGGAAUAUGGAUAUUGCUUUCGAAGACAUCAAACAAAGCUAACAAAAUGGUGGCUUCAAUAUCCCCAUCUUUUAGAAUUAAAUAUAUUCUUGGGGUGGGUACUUCAAGCAGUCAGGUACUUCAAGCAGUCAGUCAAAGGUAUGAUGGAGGCAUAAUGGAAGACUUAAAACCAGCGGAAUUGGACAAGCUAUUCCAACAAUCCUCAUGGGAGUAA